AUGUCACCAUGUGCUACCCCGGAGGGCGAGAAUAUGCAGCAGAGCCACAUGCGUCACCAAGGUCAACAUCAACCCGGUCUCCACGAGCAGCACCGGGAUCGGCACCAAAGACACCACCAGGCUCAGCGUGCCCAGCAGAUCCAGGUUGAGCAGCAAAGUCCGGGCAAACAGCAGGCCCAGGCCGGCGAGCAGAUCAAGGACGGCCAACAGACUCAGGAUAAUCACACGAACCCAGGACCCCAACCACACAAUGUGCAUCAGCAGCACCAAAGCUCUCAACAGAACCAUGAGAAUCUGGGUUCCCUGAGCUACACACCCCAAGGCGAUAACCCUUCUUUCCCAAUGUCCCCACCGGCAGCAGCGCCACCGGGCCUUGCCACAGCCGCAACACAUUUUGAGGUCGUAGAGAAACUGAAUACCUGUUGGAAGGAGCUGGAAGAUCAGAGCAGAAAGAUGCACGAGUACCUCCUCUCUGCUGCUUCUCAUUACGGCAAGCUGGAGGAAGAGCUUGAGGAGGCGAAGAAGCGUCAGCGCGACGCUGAAAAGCAGGUUGAGGAGUCCAAAAUCCAGCACGAGGAAGCCUGGAAGGCAGCAGCAGAGCAAUUCCAACAGCAAGGAACCAAGCUUCAGCUCCAUCAGGAGCGAGGAGACAGGGCGGAGUCCAAGGCCCAGCACCUCGAGGAUUGCCUGCAAGCAUCUAGCAAAGAGCUCGAGGCUGAGAGGGCUUUUCGAGUUCAGGCUGAGAAGCAAGUCGCUGAGAAGCACAAGUUCUGGAAGCAGGCAGCCAGCGAGCUCAGAAAGAAGACCAUGGCUCGCCCAGCCCCCAGCCAGGUGACGGACGAGUACCUCGUCAACGAGAUGCGGAAGCUCAGAUACACCAUUCGCAACUUUGCUGUCAGCUACUUUGAAGGCCCGCCGCGCGACAUUGAUCCCAAUCAACUCAAAAAGACCGAGUGGCACGACAAAAUUGCGGCCAUCUUCCCCGAAGCUGAUUGGAUUCUGCAGUACAUCAUGUCCAAUGAGAAGUGUCCUAGCAUCGCACAGGCUCUCUUAUGGGAAGUACUUCAGAUCUGGGUGUUCGGCAGCUUCCGCUGGGCUGGGAAAUUGGGAGAAUCUCUCCAGGCCCUUAAGAGUAGCCUGGCACCCGAUCCAGAAACCUCCUCAACGUCGGAUUCGGUGAAGAAGUAUUACAAGUGGCGAGCGGAGACCGCCAACCUGGUCCUUGCUUCGAUGACCGGCAUUGAUGGACAGCCCAUUCCCAACGAGGCGUUCGAGUCCUGGAAAUUGGGUUGCAUCGAGGGCAUGCGCUACUUGAUCAACCCGUUCCUUCGGAAAUCAGACCACACCGACAAGAGCUAUGUCGACGACCUCAGCCAGAUACUUGACCAGGCCCUGGCGCUCGACAGGGAGAUGAGCGUACAGGUCUCUCCGGUCGUGCUGUUCAAGCGAGACGUGAAGCCUCCCCUUCACUUCAAGCAGGAUGAGAUGGAGCUAGAACAUGGGGAGACGCUUUCCACUGCCGACCAGCAAGUGUUUCUCGUUGUCUCGCCGGCAAUGAUGAGACGGGGAAAUUCUUCCGGCGAGGACUUCGACCAGGAGAGGAUUCUUCUACCCAUGGAGAUCUCCUGUAGCCCCGGCACCCAGUACAGGAUGACGAGGGCCACAAACCCCUGGGACAUGUUGAGAUACCUGAAACCUCUCGUCUACCGCUCCUCAACUACAUCCCAACCAAAAGGUGGUAACCGUAAACGCCGAUGGGUCAGCUAGCCUGACGCUGUCUGGGAUAGGUGCAAGCAGAUGGACUGCCCAUGUGAUCUCUACUCUUGAUUAUAGGCUGAUUACAUCAACCCCCAUCCAGUUCUGUAGAUAGG